AUGGCGAUAUAUCAUUUGGCCAACAGUGAUAGCGGUCAUACGGUGCCCGUCACUUCAAUUGACGUACUUAUUGUUGGCACUGGACCAGCCGGUGCAGCUUUAGCAGCUUUUCUUGCCAACUAUGGAAUUCGUGGAGUUAUGAUCAGCGCAUCACCAACUAAUGCAGAUACCCCGAGAGCUCACAUCACAAAUAUGGCUGCUAUGGAGUGUCUCCGCGACUUGGGUCUGGAUGUGGAAUGCAACCGUCUUGCCACCAAUGGCAUGAACAUGAUGCAUACUCGGUGGGCGUAUAGUAUGGCAGGAGAGGAAUAUGCAAGAAUUCAUUCAUGGGGACAUGAUCCAAAGAGAAAGGGAGACUACGAAACCGCCAGCCCCUGCGAUCCUGUGGACCUCCCUCAAACUCUCCUCGAGCCGAUCCUUGUGCGUAACGCAACACUCAACGGCUUCAAUUGCCGCUUCGAUACCACCUUUGUUAGCUUCACGCAAGAUGAGGAAGGCGUUCUAUCAACAUUAAAAGACAACAUUUCGGGUGCUUUAUAUCAGAUCCGCUCGAAGUAUUUGUUUGGUGCAGAUGGUGCUCGCAGUGAAGUCUUCCGUCAAUUAGAGCUUCCAUUAGAUGUCCGGCCUGACCAAGGUGUCGCUUACAACGUGCACCUCAAGGCAGACCUAUCCAGUUACAUGCGAUAUCGUACCGGUAAUCUUCACUGGUUGCUACAGCCAGACAAGGAGCACCCCCUCUUUGGUUGGGCAUGUAUAGCAAGAAUGGUUAGGCCUUGGGACGAGUGGCUUUUUAUUGUCCUUCCUGAACGAGGGAAAGAGUUGGAAACCAAUCCUUCCAAUGAGCAGUGGGAGCAACGGAUGAAAGAAUUUAUUGGAGACGAUUCGAUCUCUACUGAGAUUCUGGGAGUGUCGAAAUGGCGAAUCAAUGAUGUGGUUGCGAAGAAGUUCUCCAAGGGCAGAGUAUUUUGUCUGGGAGAUGCUGUUCACCGACAUCCACCAUCUAACGGUCUUGGCUCCAACACAUGCAUCCAGGAUGCCUAUAACCUGGCAUGGAAGGUUGCCCAUGUCCUGAAAGGAUAUGCGUCGUCUUCUAUUCUGGAAACUUACACAGACGAACGUCAACCCGUCGGUCGUGGUGUUGUCACGCGCGCAAACUCCUCGUUCCGUCACCAUGGCCCCGUAUGGGAAGCACUGGGAGUAUUACUUUCGACCCCAGAACUGAGAAUGGAAGCUCUGCACGAGUUGACUCUACCAACUGAGAAAGGUCGUGCUCGUCGCAGCAGACUACAAGCUGCCAUCGAAGAGACAGAGCACGAGUAUCACGCUCUUGGUACAGAGAUGGGCCAGUAUUAUCAAAGUUCCGCAAUAUACACCGCAGAUGAAAAGGAACCAUUUUACAGCCCCGAAGUUGUCGCCCAAGAUGCCGAUCUCUAUUUGACACGGAGUACAUAUCCCGGAUGCCGCCUACCUCAUGUCUGGCUCAAUGAUGCUGUCCCAGUGGAGCGUAUCUCAAGCAUUGAUCUGGCUGGACAUGGAACGUUCACCAUUCUGACGGGUAUUGGUGGUGAAGCUUGGAAAUCGGCAGCCACCAAAGUCAGCUCUGGUCUGGGCAUGGAUAUCAAGGCCUACUCUAUUGGAUUCCGACAGGACUAUGAAGACGUCUACUUUGACUGGGCCCGCGUUCGGGGCGUAGAUGAAACUGGAUGUGUUCUUGUACGACCUGAUCGCUUUGUCGCUUGGAGAUGCGAGGUAGUACUCCGUGAUGAGAUUCAGUGUGCUUCGAAGCUUCGCGAGGUCAUGGUCAGUAUUCUGAGUCGUCAAUAA